CAGCAGAGCCGCCCAGCCCCGCGUCUGCGCGCGUCCCGCCGCUCUCCCCGCUCUCCCCGCUCUGCGACGGGAGGCGGCGCCCGGGGGAAACGAAACUUGAGCCGCUCCGCUCCUCCCCGGCCGAGCCAUGGCUGCUGCCAUCGAUCUGGAGCGGCUGCUGGACGCCCUGGAGCUGAGCUGCGCCUGCUGCCUGCAGUACUUCACGGAGCCCGUGCGGCUCCCGGGCUGCGGGCACAGCUUCUGCCGCGGCUGCAUCGCCCUGCACUGCAGCGGCCGGCAGCGCGCCGCCUGCCCGCUCUGCCGGGAGGGCUUCGAGCUCAAGAACCUGCGGCCCAACCGGGAGCUGGUGGCUUUGGUGAACUUAAUCCCGCAGGAGGUCAAGGAAAAGGAGCUGGAAACACGGGGUGAACGGAAACCCUCCGGAGCUGUUGCCUGCAACGACCGGAGUUCACCUGGGGAGAAGGAGGAAGAGACGUGGGACAUCUCCAAGCAGCCAGAAGUGACUGCAGAGACCAUCCAUCUCUUGAGGAAAGAUCUCCGUGAAGCAAAGGACUAUGCAUCUCUGAUCAAAAGCCAGAUCACUACAUAUUUCUGUUGCAUGAAGGAAUAUGUUGAAAGACAGAAGAAAAACACACUGAUGAUCAUUGAACAAGAGCAAAAAGCAGCUCAACAGAAAAUUGAGGAGACUAUUCGGCAGCUCUCUGUUGAAGUGAACAAGCCCACAGACCUCAAAGCCCAAACAAGUAGUUUACCUGAGAGACAUAAGUACAAAGGCUCACCUUCAAAGACUAAAAUUACGCUUGAUGAGAAGCUUAAUGCUGUCAAAAGUGCUGUAGAAGAUCUUAAGAGAAAGCUGGAAUUUUUACUUUUGGAGAAGUAUGCUCGGCAGUUCCCACCAGUGCAACUUGCAGACUUCCAUCAGGAGACAAGUGUCUGCUCAUUAUCUCCAGAGGCUGCAGCUGAAAAUCCAGAACCAACGAUUUCCAGCCAGUUUUCUCAGUGGGCAGAUGAUGUGACUUUUGAUCUCACAAGAGUAUAUGAGCGCUUAGCAAUCACAGCCCAGAACAGGCGAGUAAUGGUUUCCAGCCGCCCAGGUAAUUAUGAACCAUCGCCCAACAGAUUCUGCAUCAGUCAAGUGAUGUGUUCGCAGAGCUUCUCCACUGGGUGCCACUACUGGGAAGUCAUUACCAAGGACAGUGAUGGAUGGGCUGUUGGAGUUGCCCAUGAAAUGAUUGGUAGAAAGGACAAAUUAGGAAGAACAGAGCAUUCCUGGUGUGUAGAAUGGCUAGGUCCCAAAAAGCAGCUGUCAGCAUGGCAUAGGAAUCAAGAAACAUUAUUACAGAAGGAUAAACCAUUGAAGGUUGGAGUUUUCCUGGAGCUACAAAAGAAGACCAUGUCAUUUUACUCCAUCACUGACAAAGAAAUGCUUUUGCAUACUUUUGAAAUCAAUACCUCGAAUCCUCUUUACCCUGCUUUCUGGCUAUAUAGUCUAGAAAGAAAUGGAUCUUUAACUAUAUGUCACACAAACAGGAGGUAAAGCCUGUUCGGAAAAGUUCAGAAGCCUGUUCAGAAAAUUUUUCCUACAUUGAUAAAAGAAAUUACAGGAGAAGAGAUGAUGCCAUUACAUUCUGUCAAGUGAGCUUUCUUUAGAAAGAUCUGAUUGAGUAAGCAAUACUCAGAGGACAAUGAAGUUACUGAUCUCAUGUGUGAAAGACUUACUCUUUAUGUACUAAACUACAGGGAUACACUUUGUAUUUGAGGACGUGGCACUUCAGAGAGGUCUCCCAGAACAUUGUCUCACUGGCACCGUAUCUUGUUUUAGUCUUGCCCAGGCCAAAAGAUUGUCAGUCCUGGUGGUGGUGUGACCACUGGAAUGGUUUUGGAAGUGGAUGUUUUCAAAUGUUUGUACCAGCUAAUAAAUCAUGAGGUCACUUUA